AUGAAUGGUGCCAUGGAAGAUACUGAAAUUCUGAUCUGCACCCUGGUUUGGCCCACCAUUGCUGGAGAAAUCUCAUGGGAUGUAUCUUUCGUGACUUUGAACUUCUUGGUGCCAGGACUGGUCAUUGUGAUCAGUUACUCCAAAAUUUUACAGAUCACCAAGGCGUCGAGAAGGAGGCUGACGGUGAACCUGGCCUACUCGGAGAGCCACCAGCUCCGCGUGUCCCAGCAGGACUUCCGGCUCUUCCGCACGCUCUUCCUGCUCAUGGUGUCCUUCUUCAUCAUGUGGAGCCCCAUCAUCAUCACCAUCCUCCUCAUCCUGGUCCAGAACUUCCGGCAGGACCUGGUCAUCUGGCCGUCCCUCUUCUUCUGGGUGGUGGCCUUCACGUUCGCCAACUCGGCUCUGAACCCCAUCCUCUACAACAUGGCGCUGCUGAGAAAUGAGUGGAGGAAGAUCUUCGCCUGCUUCUUGUUCACAGAGAAGGGGGUCGUGUUGACAGACACGUCCAUCCGAAGAAAUGACUUGUCCGUGAUUUCCAGCUAAUGUGUCUGUCUCUGUGGGUGGCACCUGUCCCUCUCUGGGGAGCCAUGGCGCACGUUUAAAGGGCGUUCACUUCCAGGACCCUCCAGCCAUGUGCCCUGAUUUAGAAAAUGUUACCUGUGCUGACACCCAUUUACAGCGCCGGCCCACUAAGGGAUAAUCAAACGGGAUCGUAGCGUUUUCCCUUCAUAAAAAG